CGCGGGCGGCGGGGCGGGCGCAGAAGUUUCUAGAGCGGGUGACCCGGUGGGGGCCGGGUGCUCGGCGCGCUCUGAGCGCCCGGCUCCUCCCGCCCACCGGCUGCCCGCUCCCCGGCUCCGGCACCCUGCGGCCUCUGGCACCGCUGCCCUUCUCCCCGCUCUCGACAGCGCCUCCCUCCGCUUCCCGCUGGCCGGACAAUUCUAGAUCCUUCUGGAUCGCGGGCCCCCGCCGCCGUCCGCGCCCCACCUGCGCAGCGCCCGCCGCGGCCGGGCGGAGACGGGCACAUUUUAUUUAUUUAUUUAUUUAUUUUUUAGACGGGCACAUUUUAAAGGGACCUUCGCGGAGGUGGGCGUGGCGGCGAGCCUGUAAUCCCAGCACUUCGGGAGGCUGA